GCCAGUGGUUUCCUUGACUGUCAUAACUUCUAGAGAUAUUCAAAGAGACAAAUUAACAGCCAAUCAAUCUAGUAGUCUUUGAAUUGGAUAUCUGUCAACAGUUUUGGAGAUGCCAAAUGUCGAGAAGGGAUCACAUUCAUUCUUUCCCCCAGCCUCGGUUUGAACACAUCUAAAGUAACACAGGAACAGGAAUCCCAAUGACCAACACCUUUUGGAAAUAAAUUUCUUGUCGUGACAAUAUUCUCGUUUCGGUUCUCGAGUGAGUGCGUAUCCGUGAUCCUUGUUUACUUUGUGGAUUCUCUCCAUCCAUUGACUUCCACCCAAAUAUCCUAAUCCUAUCCAAGAUGUGCUGCAAUCCUGGAGGCUGCUGCAACCUGCCCUCCUGCAUCCAGUGCACCAACUUUUGUUUCAACUGCUGGACGGGAACUGCUGCAGUGCCAUGUUGCCGAGGUAGUUGCAUUCCGGGAUGCAGUAGCAGCCCUGGAUGCCGUUGCUGAUUAUCACCAAAAUUAUUACACAAGUCUACAACUAAAAACUGAAAUAAACUAACAGAUACCCCAAACGAACAAAUUGUAAUCUUAAAUUCUGUAUUCAUUUAGUGGUCAAACAUCGACGAGAAGGCUAAAUGUAGAACAUUCAUUUAUAGGGCCAUUUAGUCAAGAUCACGGACACGAGACGCUUACAGGAGAUGCGAGAGGAAUGACUCUUACUCCACCUAACGGAGGAUAUGCCUUGUUACCCCGCAGCCAUUGUAUCCUAACGAGGGAUAAGUAGCACGCAGGAAU